AUGAGUCUCAAUCUCCCAAUCCGACAAAGCACAAGUAGUCAGCGCAAUCGCGAUAGUCGCAAUAACUACUUCAACAGUUAUACACCGCCAAGCUCCACAGAAGCUAUCAAUGGCCCUGUUAGGGAGUUGGUGAGAGAGCAGACGCCUCUAAACGACCGCUUGAUCGUUGGUGUUGAUUUCGGUACUACUUUCUCUGGUGUCGCUGCUGUAUACACUUCCACCCCUGAUGAUAUAGAAAUCAUCAAGACAUGGCCAGGCGGCAAUGGCAUCACCUCGGACAAAGUCCCGACUGAGAUCGCCUACAGCUACCCUCCCAAUGCACCCCAAGGAACUGAACCAACUGUGAAAUGGGGUUUCCAGUUUAAGCCCGAGGAGUCUCGUCUGCGCUGCAUCAAGCUCUUCCUCGACCGCUCGCAGAAACUCCCCUUUUACGUCAGCCCUCUCGACACUGCUGCUCAGCUGAAGCGUUUCAACAAGAAUGUUGUUGACGCUGUGAGCGACUACUUGACCCAGGUUUAUAAGCAUACCAUGGAUACCCUCACGCGUCGCUACGGAGAGUCGUUUAUGGCGUCGACAAAGGUUGAGUUUGUCUUGACGUGUCCAGCUGUUUGGAGUGAUGCGGCCAAGAAUACGACGCUGCAAGCUGCUGAGAGAGCGGGUAUGGGGUCCAGAUCUGAGAUCCAGAUGAUUAGUGAACCUGAAGCUGCUGCUGUGUAUACACUCAAGGCGAUCCAACCUAAUCACCUCAACGUGGGCGAUAACUUUAUCGUUUGUGACGCUGGAGGCGGUACCGUUGAUUUGAUUGCGUACAAGAUUAUCUCUCUCAAGCCACUCAGAGUUGAGGAGUCUGCAGUUGGAACAGGAGGGUUGUGCGGAAGUGCCUUUUUGAACUAUCGCUUUGAAGAGCAUGUUAGAGGCCGUCUUGGUCAAACACGCUUUGACGAGAUGAAGAGUAAGAAGGGAAAGACGUGGCAAAUGGGCCUUCGAUACUUUGAGGAGUUUGUUAAACGAAACUUUAACGAGGAUGAACACCAGGAAGUCAACGUUCCUUUCCCUGGUCUUCCAGACGAUGAAGAAGCUGGGCUGGACUCGGGCUUCUUGGUCAUGACGGCAGAGCAGGUCAAAGACAUUUUCGAACCCGUAGUAAAAGAAGUCUGCGAUCUUGUCCAAGGCCAGGUCUCAGGUCUUCGAUCAAAGGGCGGCAUCGUAUCCGGCAUCGUGCUGGUGGGAGGCUUUGGCCAGAGCGACUACCUGUACCGUCGUCUCAAGUCUCACUUUACAAGCGCCGCUCCGCCUCCGUACAGCGAGCGGCCUACGCACGCCAAUGCCAACUCUACGCAGGAGACGGGCUCUAUUGAAGUGAUGCAGCCUGUGUAUGCCUGGACGGCGGUUGUACGUGGUGCUGUUUUGAGAGGAUUGGAGGGUAACAUGGUCAUUUCUCGUAAGUCGAGGAUGCACUAUGGAACUUCGUAUGCGACUGUGUAUGAUGAGGAUAAGCAUUCGGUUAGUGAGCGGUACUGGUCUCCUUUGUGGGAGCGAUGGAUGGUAUCUGACCGAAUGCAAUGGCACAUCGCCAAGGGCGAGGCUUUAUCACCGCUUGCCCCGAUCGCAUUCCAUUACACACGUAACUUCCGCCCUGGCCAAUCCCUCAUCGUCACAGAUGACUUGAUAGCGUGCGACGCCGACGAGCCUCCUGCAGCAUACACGAGGGAUCUAAUCCACGUAUGUACCCUCACGACAGACCUCAACGCCGUUCCGAGAAGUCUGUUUACGAGGUUGACGACCACGAGGGGAGUUGAGUUUGAUAAUCUAGAUUUUACACUAGAGAUGAGGGUUGAGAGUGCGGGACUGGGCUUUGAGUUGAAGGUUGAUGGAGUGCGGUAUGGAAGGGUCGAGGCUGAGUUUCACUAA